ACGGGACUCACUCCGCUCCACGCACGUACACCUGUUGGCUCUUCUAAAACAAAACUGCUGUUUCAUGCACUGCUAAUACAUGAUUAUUAAAGAGUUGGACACAGAACUUGACAGAAGGUCAAGAUGAUCCUUGUUGCUCUCCACCUUCUUCAGCUGAUAGCUGUAACCCUUGGAGGAGAAGACAUUCCUGAAGGUCACUUAAAACCCUUUGGUCAUCAUCGACCACCAGACGUGAUCAUCGAUGAGCUCUACGACCUCCCAGACCCGCAGACCUUCUGGGACGAGUAUGUCUCUUUGGAAAAAGCCGCCAUCUUUCGAGGAGCUGCCGCUCGUAGUCCUGGCUUCACCCUGUGGACUGAGGAAUACCUGAGUGAAGCGUAUGGAGACCUUGAGGUUAGACUGGAAGGCAAGCAUGAGAGAAACAGUGGUAUUCCCGUCGGAGAGAAAGGCCUGGGUCGGGAUACUCUACGUAGCUUUCUCAAGACAUUCCGCGACCAGGACACCUACAUCGUCUCCGAGCUGCCGGAGCCAAUGUACAAAGACUUCUACAUCCCUCCGAGCAUCUCAUGCGGGAACAUGCGCAACCGCCUUGUCGAGAUUGACCUAUGGAUGAGCUCCGGAAACACACACAGUAUCGUCCACAAGGAUGCCUUCAACGCUGUCAACUGCUUGAUGAAGGGCACCAAGUACUGGAAGCUGAUCGAGUACAAGUACGAGAAGUGGCUCUACAAGACAUGGGAACCUAAGAGGGAGAUAGGAGGCAACUCACAGGUCGACCCACACAGCAUCGAUCUGCUUAAGUAUCCUGAUGUCGCCAAAGUCAGAUGGUCCAACAUCACAAUCAAUGCAGGAGAUUGCCUGUUCCUACCAAAAUCGUAUUACCACCAGGUAUCAUCGGCAGGCGACCCCAACAUGGCGGUAUCCAUUCUCUUCUCCAGGAUCACGCAGUUCGACGAUACAGGAUGCAAUGAGACUGAUAUUGACUUUACCCCUCUGAGCGAGGUGGACGUUUUAUGGAGCUGGCCCGGGCAUGGUAUCAUGAGUAUGGGCAACUUAGAUGUCUGGUUUUUAAAAGCUAACUACAUUGACUUUGCAACGGAGCAUGGACAAAUGACAGAAGAGGACAUAAGGAAAGACGUGGUCACAGCUUUCCCUGAAAUGGAGAAAGAGGAGCUCAGUCAGUUUGUGAGCAAGGCAUGGAGAGUACUAGACAAAUCAGGAAAGGGUUUUUUAACGACUGAUGAUAUUAAUGAUCUGGACAUCGACUCAUGGAGAGAACAUGUCAUUAGUAUGUUUGAAAAUGAGCCCUCUAAUACUGAGGAAUUUGAGUACUUUAUGAUUGAGGCGGGAUCAAUUGAAUUUAGAAACAUUCUUGAGCGUCUAAUGGAUGCCUAUCCUGAUCAGAUAACGAGGGGUGUGUUUGUCGAGCACUACACUACUCACCUGGGAGGUACAGAGGGAUAUGCAAAUGAGAUAUUUGAUGGUUUGGCAGGUGAAUCCAGGGAUACAGCCACUCCACAGCAGAUCAAAGCCAACAUGGACUCUGCGCUGAAGAAGUGGCAAGAGAACGAGGCUGAUGAAUUGUCGCCUGAGAUCGAUGACACCUUUGAAAUGAAAGAUGUUCAUUUUCUCAGAGAGGAACUCUAACAAAGCAUCUAUCCUUUUUUGUUGACUCUGACAAUAUUUGUUUCUGGGUACAUGUACUAUAGUAUUCUGUUAUUUGCAGUUUUGCUUCCUGAAGCCUAGUUUUGUCUACAUAUACCAUGUGAGUCAAACAAAAGUUUACACCUAGAAAAUUGCUUAUUAUUUUUUAAAUCAUCUAUGCACAGUAAAUUAUUAUACAUCUCAUGAAAGAGAGUUUUAUCCCAAAUGAUUUGGUAUCAUUUUUGUGUGGUAUGUGUUCACGCUUGGAUGAACAAGAGGCAUUGUUUGCGAGAGUGCAAAAUCGAAUUGUGCCAAAGUGAUGCCUAC